GAGUAUUUACUACAAGAAGGUCUAACUCCAGAAGAUUAACAUCCCCGCUCCUGUCAGUUUCCGAUGGCCAUGCCCGGUUAAAAACAACCCUUAAGAUAAUCAAAUACAAGCCCAGGUUUUCUGCUCGUUGGCGAUCGUCAUUCGCCCUAAGGAAUGGCCGAACCUUUGGCGAAUGAGUUGGCGUCUGCAGCUGCCAGAGGGGACCUAGCGCAAGUUACUAAUUUGUUGGAAAAUGAUAUAAACGUCAAUGCACAAAAUGGAUUUGGGAGGACUGCGCUGCAGGUGGUGAAACUGGGGAACCCGGAGAUCGCCAGGCAGUUGCUGCUGCGAGGCGCCCACCCGGAUCUGAAAGACCGCACCGGCUUCGCUGUCCUGCACGACGCGGCCCGUGCCGGCUUCCUCGACACGCUGCAGACUUUGCUGGAGUUCGGAGCGGACGUGAACGUGGAGGACAACGAGGGCAACCUGCCGCUGCAUUUGGCCGCCCAAGAGGGCCACCUGGCUGUCGUGGCCUUCCUCCUGGAGCGCACGGCCAGCCGGGUGGAGCAUCGCAACAAGAAGGGAGCCACCGCCUACGACCUGGCCAAGCUCUACAAGAGGCAGGCCGUCGCCAAACUGCUGGAGAACAGCAGGCGGAAGGAGGGCGCCCUCAGUGGGGAAUGAAGCCCACCCCUUGCCCUGGACUCCAAAAUGCCUGCUUGUACACCUGUCGCCUUUCCUUUCCUCUCUUUCUCUCUUCAUCUUAAUCAAAGUAUGGGGUCGGUCUUUUUUUUUUUAAUGCAGACAUGGAGAUGUCUGAAGAUGUGUUUUUGUGCUUUCUGGUAACUUGUAAAAGAUCUAUAAAAGCUUACUGUGAUUUCCCAUCCCUGAACAUUAUCUAGCCUAACAGAGGUUAACAUAAUAUGAAACAGUGCAUGAAGGAGUGUAUAUGUGAAAGACCUUUUGUGCCAGAAGGGGAAGUGGGAGGAAAAGAGAGACUUUUGGACAAUUGAAUCACAAACGUUUGAUGAGAUGGAUAAGCUAACAAAAGGUCUAUGGGACAUUCAUUAAAAGUGCUUUCAUUGUUAUUUUUCUUCUAUUUUUAUUGUCAUGCCUUAUUGCCUAAACAUCUCUUUUUCUGAAGGAAGUUCUGCUGAAAUCUAGCUUUCUUCUAGUUAAACAUGUUUAGGACCAAAGGUUCGGUUAAUUCACCACAUGUAUCUGACCAGAGACGAAAUCUCAGUUUGGGGUAGUUUGAAUAGUGAAGCUUCAAUAUAAUGUAUAAUAAUAAAAAGAGUAAAAAGGGAAUUUAUCAAGUCCAAAGUCACACAGUGUGGGAAUAUGAUAUCUUGGCUAUUUGCACAAACACAAGUUUAAAAUUUAAAAAAAGCAAUUUAUAAGAUUAGAUCACAUUUAGUGACUUGAUCAAAUUUUGGGAAUGUUCUAGAUUUUUCUCAGAUUAAACUGCCAGAGUAGUACUAUUUACUCACAUUUGUUCCAGUAGAAUAAAUCCAGAAUAAGCAUUUAUUUUUGUGGUUAAUUCUUGGGAUUUUAGAUGAAAGCCUCUUUUACAGAGUCAUUUCUGUAUAACUGUAGUUUAGGCACUCAGAAGCAAAAAUGUGAAGUUGGAUUGUUUUAGUUGCAGUUUUCUAUGUAUCUGUGUGGGAUUGAACUGCACUGAACUCAGUGAGUGGAGCUUAGUUCUGAGCAGAUGUGGCUAAGAUUGCAUUGUUACUUGGAGUUUUAGGAUUGCUGAGUAGAAAAGCUGACUAUUAAACAUGUAUUUUGCAUGGGAAUAAAUUACAAAACCUAUAACCUUUAUCAAUUAUUUAGAAUAAUUUCACUCUCAUCCUGAUAAUUUUCUGAUUAAAAACUUCAGCUUGUUGCAGUGGAGAGAAUUCAUUGCUAUUCGCCUCCACAAAGAAUUUUCUGUGUCAUAAUGAUUCAACUUGCUGUGAAGAUAAAAAACUGAGAAACUGUGAUGUUUUAUGUGAUCCAGG